UUGGCAGUGAAAAUGGCGAAAAUAGAGCCUGUCGAGCGGUAUCGCAAAGUCAUUCGUAUGAUCCGUUUUUGCGUGGGAUUCUGCGGAAAUGAUGUGGCAGAUCCCAAUUUUCGAAUGUGGUGGCUCACCUACUCUAUAAUUGCCGCCAUUUUCUUCUUUUUCGCCUGCACAGGAUAUACCAUAUACGUGGGCGUGGUUAUCAACGGAGAUCUAACAGUGAUCCUUCAGGCCUUUGCUAUGACAGGAUCGGGGAUCCAGGGAUUAACUAAGCUGUUGGUCACCGCCAAUAUGGCUUCUGAGAUGCGAGAAAUUUCAAACACUUACGAGAAUAUCUACAGUGAAUACGGUCCCAAGGGUGGUGAAUAUGCCAAAUGCCUGGAAAGCAGAAUCCGUAUAACCUGGAAAUUGAUCAUCGGCUUUAUGAUCGGCUACAUUAUCAUCCUGGGUGUCAUUGUCGCGUUUCCAAUCUUCUACUUGGUGGUUCUGCACGAGAAGGUUUUGGUCAUGCAAUUCCUGGUGCCACUAGUUGAUCACACCACCGAUAAAGGUCAUCUUGUGCUCACGGCUAUCCAUGUGGCAUUUAUUGUUUUCGGUGGCUUCGGCAAUUACGGCGGAGAUAUGUACUUCUUUCUUUUCGUCACCCAUGCGCCUUUAAUUAAGAACAUAUUCAGUUUGAAGCUUGAGGAUUUCAACGAGGUGGUUCUCAAAAGGAAUGAGUUCCCAAGAGUAAGGGCCAUGCUCUGUGAUCUCUUGACAUGGCAUCAGCUGUAUUCUAGCAUUCUUCAGACCACUAAGAAGAUCUAUAGCAUCGUUUUAUUUGUUCAGCUUUCCACAACUUGUGUGGGACUUCUGUGUACCAUCUCUUGCAUAUUUAUUAAAGCCUGGCCCGCAGCUCCUCUUUAUCUAAUAUACGCCGCCAUAACACUCUACACUUUCUGCGGACUCGGCACUUUGGUGGAAAAUUCUAAUGAGGAAUUUCUCAGUGUGAUCUACACGAACUGUAUGUGGUAUGAGCUGCCUGUAAAAGAGGAGAAGCUAAUUAUCCUGAUGAUAGCCAAGGCCCAGAAAGAGGUUUGCCUCACAGCCGCCGAAAUGGCUCCACUGUCAAUGAAUACAGCUCUCCAGUUGACCAAGGGAAUCUAUAGUUUCAGCAUGAUGUUGAUGAACUACUUGGGAAAGGAUAGCUAA